GUACAUCUGUGCGGGCGGGACGGAGAGUUGCGCGUGCGCCCAACAGCGAACUCCUGACAACAAUGGGCUGACGGUUGGUCACGUGCCGGCGGCGGCUGGGGCGCUGUCACGUGCGGGUCGCCUGGACCCUGGAGCCGCCAUGAAGUGGAGCGGGUCGUUCCGUUUGCUCUUGAUGUUGUGGCUGACGGCGCCGUCCGGGCAACGAGUGGUCCCAGCCCGGGCAUCUCCGUCUCACGCGGAGUCUACCCAGUCCGAUGGCGACACUGCGUCGCUGAUGAUCGAGGCGGACGAUGAGGAAGGAGACAACAGUACCACGCCCGAUUCGUCCUCCCCCGCCGCCCAGAGCAACGGCGGGGCGUCCCCGCUGAAAAUCGAGAUCGACAUGGAGGAGUCGACGGAGAACGGGAUCGGCCAAUCCACGGCGGACGCCACCGAGCCCACCUGGCACCCCUACCUCAUCAAGAUAUCGUCGGGCACCGGGACCGCCACUGCCACAGCCACCACCACCACCACCACCACCACCACGAACAGCACCAGCACCAGCCCCCAGUUGGAGGUGCCCGCUGCGGCCUCCCUCGUGGAGGAGACCAUCGUCAUGCAGCUGCCUGAGCCCAGUCCGGAGAUCACGAGCAGCACCAUGCCCCCUCCUCUGCUCAUCAUCGAGGAGCUGACCCCCAGCAGCCCAUCGGAGCCCGGCUCGUUGCUGCUGCUGGAGUCGCCGACGCAAUCGAUCCUCGUCCUGGACGGGAAGGAGCAGAAGCUCAAGAGCAAGAAACAGUCGCUCGCCAAGGCGGAGGGGAAAGCCCCUCCCCACAAGCAGAAAGGCGGCCCACCACCCAAGAAGCAGAAAUCCAAAUCCCAGAUCGAGGCACGCAGCCAGCCGCCGCCCGUCGACCAAACCGCCGGUGACAACGGGACGAAAUCUCCAAACGUGUUCUUCCUCGUCAAGGAAGUCGAUCAGAACCCGAGCGCCAUUCAGCAGCAUGAGCUUCCAGUGGCCGUACAAAUUAUUGGCAGCAAUACCAGUGUCCCGGGCAUCAGCAUUCAGGAGGUGGACAAUGUCACUCGUGGCCAUGACAUCAGCGUCGAAGAUGCGAAUACUAUCGCCAAUUCCUCAGACGUCAGCAAGGUCCCAGGCAAUGCCGUCGAGGACUUAGGCACCAGCAGCAGUGCUCUGGUUGUCAGUGGCACGGAUACAGACACUACGACCACUUCCCCAGACACCAAGGUCCCAGGCAAUGCCGUCGAGGACUUGGGCAACAGUAGUAGUGUUAUUAUCAUCAGUGGCACGGAUACAAACGCUAACAACAAAACCUCAGUCAUCAUCGUCACCAGCGUCCCACUUACUGGCAUGGAGGACACUAGCACCAACAGUAGUGCUGUGGUCAUCAAUGGUACAGAUACAGACACUAUCGCCAAAACCCCAGGCACUAACAUCCAAGAGAUCAACAACAGCAGCCAUGUCCCAGUCGUCACCAUCACAGAUACAGAGAGUAAUACCAAAGCCCCAAUCACCAGUGUUCAGGAGAGUGUCACGAGCACUGAUGUCCUAGUUGUCAUCAUAAGUACAGACACUAAUUCCAAAGCCUCAGGCACCAAUGGCCAGGAGGUUGUCACCAACACUAAUUUUGAAGACAACAUCCCAGUUACAGACACUAAUUCCAAAGCCCAAAGCACUAGUGUCCAGGAGGUUGUCAUUGGCACUUAUGCCCCAGUCAUCAAUAUCACGAGUACAGACACCAAUUCCAAAACCUCGGGCACCGGGACCCUGGAUCAUGUCACCAACACCAGUGCUCCAGUAAUUAACAUCACUGAGACCAAUGCAGUCACUGAAGUCCUAGCCGUCAGUGUCCAGGGUGUCAACGCUGGCAUCAUUGUUCCGGUCAUUGGUGUUAGUGAGACAGAGUCUGCCACCAAAACACCAGCUGCUAUCUUGACCACUCAAGGCACAACUAAUAGUGAUGAGACGGACUCUGAAGUUGAAGACACUUUUGACAUAAGUGACAAAAGAAUAAGUGUUACCAAUGUUGCGGAUAAAAUAACGGUCCCAGAACCACAAUUCAAAGAAAUGUAUUUUGAUCAGCUUGUGGACCAUUUCAGUUUCACCUCCCAUCAAAAACUCUAUCGUCAAAGAUAUCUUCUUUCCGAUGAAUUCUGGAGCAAGAGUUUUGGACCAAUAUUCCUGUAUACUGGAAAUGAAGGUGACAUAUGGGAUUUUGCCAAUAGCUCUAGGUUCGUCAUUGAAUUAGCAUCUGAGCAGCAGGCCCUAGUCAUUUUUGCUGAGCAUCGAUACUAUGGAAAAUCCCUUCCUUUUGGCAAAAAAUCAUAUGAAAGAUCAAACAUGGAGUUUUUAACAGUGGAGCAAACUUUAGCAGAUUAUGUGGUUCUUAUUACAAAGCUGAAAACUGAUCUUGAUGCUAAAAGUUGUGCAGUGAUUGCCUUUGGUGGCAGUUAUGGAGGAAUGUUAAGUGCGUACAUGAGAAUUAAGUAUCCAAAUGUAGUGGAUGGCGCUCUAGCAUCAAGUGCACCUGUGGUCUCCACAGCUAAUCUUGGAGAUAGUCGGCAGUUCUUUCAUGAUGUAACCAAAGAUUUUGAGCGUAACUCACCUGAAUGUGUUUUGACAAUCCGGAAAGGGUUUCAGGAGCUUGAAUUUUUGGCACAGCAACAAGCAUGGAGUAAGAUCACCAAUAAACUGUCUCUCUGUAAGUCAGUGAAAUCCAAGAAAGAUGUUGAUCAUCUCUAUGGAUGGGCAAGAAAUGCUUUUACUUACUUAGCCAUGUUCAACUACCCAUACAAAACUGAAGUAGGGAUACAUUUCCCUCCAAACCCAGUAGAUGUUGCUUGUCGUUAUGUCUUGAAAAAAAGUGACCAUAUUGAAGGCUUGCUAGAUAUAUUGGGGAUGUGAGCCAUGAACCUUACAGUAAAAAUGAGAUCAACUUGCUGAACAGCUUUGGAGGAUAACUGAAGGGAUUUUCAGGUCAGAAAAUGUAACAAAUGAUGAAAUGCUUCGGAGAGUACAGCCAUAUGCCCUCCAGUUCAGGCUGUAUUUCAGAGCAUAACCAAUCACACUGGUUUCAAAACAAGCCUGGAUCUGCCUUACUGGAAUACACCAGCUGAGAAGAGUUGCAAAGCCAGGCCGUAAAUGGGACAAGCAAGCAGCAAAGGAAAAGACUAUUGAGGGACUCGAUCACUGUAGAAUCGUAGAAACCCUACAGCGUGGAAACCGGCCAUUCAGCCCAACAAAUCCACACCAACCGUCCGGGAGCAUCCCAUCCAGACCCAUCCCCCUACCCUUUUGCUGUAACAUUGCAUUUCCCAUGACUAACACACCUAAUCUACAAGUCUCUGAACACGAUGGGGAAUUUAGCAUAGCUAACUCACGUCUCUGACUUGUUUAUCCCGUUAUGCCCAUUGCUGUAAAAGCCUUUGCUUUAUGGACAGUGACUGAAUGGAUACAUUUAUUGAACAUAAUUAGAAAAAGGCACAGGGUCUUGGCAGGUCAUAGCGGAAUCUGAUUUGUAAUGGAUGUUACAGCGAGAGAACUUGAAGUUAAAUGAGGAAUGAAGAAAAUAUCAAUGUUGGAUAGAAUGAAAAUUGAAGCUACUGGCAAAUUAAGAGAAGGCCGAGGAUAGCGAGAAUGAAAAGACUACUAUAAACCAAGGACCUGCCUGCUGGCAGAAUAUAUGAUCUCGGGAAUACCACUAUUCUAAGUAGUACAUGUAGCUUUUUUUUUUAUUUCCUCUUCCUUUAGCCUGACCUGAAAUGUAUAGAAUGCUUUUAUGUACAGCCCCAGUGUGAUCUGCCACUGCUGCUGGAAAGGGAGCUAUGAGCUGCCACUUAUUCUCUUCAAACUUGUAUUCUUCCACUGUAUUUGUGAGUUGCCCUAAAAGUGUUCCGCCUGCCACAGAAAUAAUGUGGUCUAAGACUGCAUCCACAUAAAAUCGUGUGCGGCUUUCCAGCAUGCCAGCAACCUGAAGCCAUGUGCUGUUCCUUGGAUCAAACCGAUGUACCUGGAAAAAGAAAGGAAACUGAAUGUGACAAAUACCUUGGCAGAAAUAUUUUAACACUGGAGUUGACUUUUUCCAAAGUAUGUGCUGACACAGUUA